AUGAGAAGAGAAAGCCGUCACAGGGCCCCCACCCCAAGAUCAGAAUGCUCGGUUUGCCUACACCAAGUGGUGAGAGCUGAUGUGAGAGAAUUAUGGGAUAUGGACUUGGACGGCAAGGUGUAUGGCUUCACACCGAUGGGAGAGACACACCCGUCCACUGAAGGGUUCAGGUUUUGGAAGCUGGGCUACUGGAAGAACCACUUGAAUGGCCGCCCAUACCAUAUUUCGGCACUUUUCGUGGUUGAUUUGGCUAAGUUCAGGCAGACUGGCGCAGGGGACACUCUGAGGGCUGUCUACAAUCAGCUGUCGCAAGACCCGGGAUCGCUGGCUAAUCUGGAUCAAGAUCUGCCCAACUAUGCUCAGCAUCAGAUUCCGAUACACUCUUUGCCGGCCGACUGGUUAUGGUGUGAGACUUGGUGUGGCGAGGAGGGGAAGGAGACGGCGAAGACUAUCGACUUGUGCCAAAAUCCCCUCACGAAAGAGCCCAAAACUGAUAUGGCUCGUCGAAUAAUUCCGGAGUGGUCGCAGUACUGGCGACAGGUUCAAGAGUUGAUCGCGAAGGUGAAGAGCGAAGGCGCUGAAGAGUAG